UCUUCCUCGGGUCCUCUGCAGGGUGUAAUAACAGCUCCGGUGGUCAGUUCGGGUCUCUAAGCUUUGCAUCGGACGUUCUGGACCAGGACUCCUCCUCAGCCAGCAUGAAGUUCGUCAGGUUUAUCAUGAAAAACGCAGCUUUGGCCAGCGUGCCCAAACACAUCGAGCACUUCUCUAAAUUCUCUCCCUCACCGCUCUCCAUGAAGCAAUUCCUCGAUUUCGGGUCCAUCAACGCCUGUGAGAAGACGUCCUUUGUCUUCCUGAGACAGGAGCUCCCUGUGAGACUUUCAAACAUUAUGAAGGAAAUCAACCUUCUGCCCAACAAACUGCUCACAACCCCGUCUGUGCAGAUCGUUCAGAGCUGGUACAUCCAGAGUUUAUUGGAGAUCCUCGAGUUUCUAGACAAGAAUCCCGAUGACUUCAAAGUCCUGGGAGAGUUUGUUGACGCCUUGGUGACCAUCAGAAACAGGCACAACGAUGUUGUGCCGACUAUGGCUCAGGGUAUCAUCGAAUACAAAGAGGCCUUCGUUCAUGACCUGGUCACCAACCAGAACAUCCAGUACUUCCUGGACCGCUUCUACAUGAGCCGCAUCUCUAUUCGCAUGCUCAUCAACCAGCACACUCUUAUUUUUGAUGGAACCCUCAACCCGGUUCACCCAAACACCAUCGGGAGCAUUGACCCCCAAUGUGAAGUCGGAGACGUAGUCCAGGAUGCUUUCCACAGUGCCAAGAUGUUGUGUGACCAGUACUACCUCCGCUCCCCUGACCUCAUUCUACAGGAGAUGUGCAGCAAGAAGAAGAAGAACCUUCCCAUGAGCAUCGUGUACGUGCCCUCUCACCUCUAUCACAUGCUGUUUGAGCUCUUCAAGAAUGCCAUGAGGGCCACAAUUGAGACUCAUGACAACAGCAACAACCUUCCACCCAUUCAAGUCAUGGUGUCUCUAGGAGACGAGGACAUGUCUAUCAAGGUGAGCGACAAGGGUGGCGGUGUCCCCUUUCGGAGGAUGGAGAAGCUCUUCAGCUACAUGUACUCCACCGCUCCAGCUCCACAGAUAGGAGAGCGCACACGGCCUCCACUGGCUGGCUUCGGCUACGGUCUGCCCAUCUCCAGACUCUACGCCCAGUACUUCCAGGGGGACCUGCAGCUCUUCUCCAUGGAGGGCCACGGCACAGACGCCGUCAUCUACUUGAAGGCGCUGUCCACUGACUCCAUCGAGAGGCUGCCGGUGUACAACAAAACCGCUCUGAAGAACUACAAAGUGAGCCUAGAGGCCGACGACUGGUGCAUUCCCAGUAAAGAGCCUCUAGAUCUGAGCGUCUAUAAGGUUCCUAAGUGAAAACGGCCGGGCGCUUGGAGCCUUCACACCAGGAAGCCUUCACAGUUUCUGUCUUCAUAUUCCCAUGUCAUCAUCUGUCAGUGCAGAUGCGUGCACCAAAACCUUUUUUCCAAUGAGAGGGUCGUCUCCAGACUUAUCUUUUUAGUCAGGUUUUAGGAAUCUUCAUGCUGCUUUCAGUACCAGUUGCCUUUUUGGGUUCUUCAUAGGAAAAUAGAAAACGGCUACUAACGGAGGAGACUUUGGGAGAUGCUUCAGUGUCGCAUCGUCUGCAGGUAGAGACAGAGAAUGUUAUGGGUUUGUCGUUGUGGCUAAAGAAAAGUGGGAAUAUAGGAGGACAGAUGCGGAGGUGGGUCUAAAAUAUUCCAGUUUUAAGACACAACACAUGCAGCAGAUGUUUGAUCAGCGACAUAUGGAGGUAUUCAGUUGAACCAGAUCCUGUAGGAAAAGUCACUCAAGCCUUAUCGUAGCAACCUCACCCAAAGGCUCAUUUCAUCAAAGUACUUGGACCUUAUUCAUUCUGAAUGUAUUGUAACGCUGUUGGAUCUGUAGAUUUGAACAAAUGUACGACUUGUAAAUUGAGUUGUUUGUGUGCUCUCUGCAUGGAUAUUUGUCAAAGCGUUUGAUAUUCCCGACUUUCAAUCACAGUAUUCGCGUUGACUGAUAAGAUACGGCGUUAUCUGAGCAUCAGUUUUCUGGACGGUGCUGAAUGUAAUCCACUCUUCUUCUGUGCAUUAAUUUGCAUUAAUUACGGAGACAAAGAUGGGAGUGAAAGAGCAGCUAUGGGGCCCGUGUUCUCUGCGAUGUAGCAGGCUUUUAGAGCCAGCCACCAGAGGAUCUGCCAUGCUUUUGUUUGUGAGCUUUUUCAACGCUUUCAGCUGAGUUCAAUAGAGGAGCAGUAUUAUUAAAACCCCCAGAAGGCAGUGCAUGUCAUGUUCGAGUGCUCUGUGAUCCAAUAAAGCAAGGCCAGUCUCAGAUUGUGUUAUUACACAGUGCUAUAUGAGGAGAAAAGUGUUCCCCGGUUCCACAUGUGUUGAAAAUGUUUUCUUUUGUAUUAAAUUUAUCUUCAUCAUACAGUAAGUUAAAGGUUAUUUUUAUAGCUAUGUGACUGAAAUGAUUGUACAUAAUGUGAAUACAGUCCAAAUAUAAAGAACAACUU